GUACCACAGUUGACACCAUGACAAGAUUGGUUUCAGUAAUUUUGGUGUUAGUGUGUCAGAUUGGGUUAUCGAUACAGGCAUGCAAUGACUGUGCAUGUUGUAACGGAGAAAGUCAUAAAUGUGAUCCCAAAAGGAAUUGUGUUGAUGGAUGUAUCGACGGUUAUUAUGGUUCUAAAUGCACAGAAGAGUGUCUAGAAAAUUGUAAAACUUGUGUCAAAAAUAAUACAUGUACAGGAUGUAAACCUGGUUAUUAUACUGACAAAUGUAAUUUGCAAUGUGGGAAAGGUUGUCUUAAUAAUACAUGCAAACUUUUAUCAGGAGAAUGUACCUGUAAAUCGUCUAAUUUUAUUGGAAGUAAAUGUGAUACUUGCGUAGUUUUAAAGUAUGGAAAUGAAUGUAACAAAACAUGUCCAAGUAACUGUGGAACUUGCACAUCAGAUACAGAAUGUUCGUGGUGUCUAAACACAGUUUAUUACGGAUCAUAUUGUCAGUAUAGAUGCUCACCUGGCUGUCACGACGGGAGAUGUAGAAAAAUUGAUGGAUAUUGUCCUAGUGGUUGCAAACCUGCUUAUAUUGGUGACAAAUGUGAUGCAUGCUCACCUGGAACAUAUGGUAACUAUUGUGAAUUACCUUGCCCGGAAAAUUGUUAUGAAUGUUUUUCGGCAUCAAAUUGUACCGUAUGCAAAACCGGCUUCUAUGGGGAAACAUGCACUAAAACAUGUUCAUCAGGUUGCUAUGGCAACUGUUCACUUGCUGAUGGUCUAUGCCUUGAAUGUAGACCGGGAUUUUUUGGAGAUUUAUGUGACACAUGUAAAAAUGGAACAUAUGGAGUUAAUUGUUCCAAACACUGUCGUGAGAUUGAUUUGAAUUGUCAAGCGUGCAUAUCAGAUGAAUCAGGUGUAUUUAGAAACUGUACAAAAUGUAACAAUGGGUAUACUCUAGCAAUUCCUUUUGGACAAAGUUAUAGCACGUGUAAAAUUUGUCCAAGUGGCUGUAUUGACAAUAUAUGCAGUACAGAGGGACUAUGCAAAAAUGGGUGUAUUCGAGGAAAAUGGGGGAAUAACUGCAAUUUUAAUUGCCAAACAAGUUGUUUAGAAUGCAGUCAAACAAAUGGAGCGUGUUUGGAAUGUACACGUGACACAUUUUCAGCUGAUUGCUCACAAAACUGUAACACGAAUUGCAAUGUGACUGCCAAUGAUCGUAUGUGCACGAGAGAUGCUGGGAAGUGUUUACAUGGUUGUAAUUCAGUUACUAAAUAUGGGGAAUAUUGUGAAAAUCAAUGUCGUAACACUUGCAAAAAAGAAAAAUGCGACUGGAAAACGGGACAUUGUUUAGAAGGAUGUGUUAUAAAUUAUCAUGGAUUGUUUUGUGACAAUUUAUGUUCUACUUCAUGUCUAUCUGAUACCGGCAAACAUGUUUGUGAUGAUAUAACAGGUCAUUGUUUAUUUGGAUGCAAAAAGGGUUUCAGUGGAAACAGAUGUGACAAACUAUGCAGUAGCCAAUGUAUAAAUAUCACUUGCAACCAGAUAACAGCGGAAUGCUUGUAUGGUUGUAUAGACGGAUUUAAAGGUUCGAAAUGUCUUGAAG